UGUCAAAGGUGAUUACGCUGUUAGAUCUUGCAGCUCCUUGAUAGACCGUGUAACUCUUGGAGAGAAUUCUCCAAUACAAUCCUUUGUCUGGAAAUCUAUUGCACCACCAAAAGUAGAAGCCUUUGUUUGGCUUGCUGCCAUGGGGAAAGUGCAAACAAACGAUUUUUUGCAGCAAAUUAGAAUUGUAGGCCAAGCUGCUAGCAUGUGUCCUCUUGCAAUUCUCAUGUGAAACAGCCAAUCAUCUUCUUUUGCAGCAGAGACGUAUGGCUGGUGUGGUCUAAAGUUAUGAAUUGGUGCGGAUACUCUUGGUCAAUUCCUAGCAGCGUGGAUGGCUUUUUUCAGCAGUCGGAUUUGUUUGCUCAUGGUCAUGUGCAAAGGAAAGUAUGGUACCUGGCAAUUUAUGCAGUUUUAUGGUUUAUAUGGCUAGCUAGAAAUAACUUGGUGUUCAACAACGUCAAUCCAAUCUAGGACAAUAUCCUAUGCUUAACUUUUCAUAGGAUUGCUUAUUGGGUGAAAUCCAUUGAUGAGACCUUUGUUUGCACAGGGAAUGACUUAAUUAAAAGUUUAGAAGGAGUUUAGAAGUGGUCAAAUACUAUAAGUACAUGGCCUACAAUGAUUUAGAAAAAUGUGUAGUCGUCCUGAGACAGCAAGAUGUAUGGUGUAGGGCUCCCUAUUUUCUCUCCCUUAAAGUCCUUUAUAGAUUUUGAGUCGGGAAUAGAGCAGUGGCUUAUUCGGCGCUGUAUCACAAUUUAUUCUUGGGCAUAGCUGUUCACGAAACGUGGCAUGGGACAUCUGUCGACGGCGGGAGUCAUCACAUUCGAGCGAGAGGUCAAACUCAUUCCAUUCAUCCUGGUCCGAUCCGAAUGGAUCUUGUUGAAUGAAUUGAUCCAUUGUUGUAUGCCCUAGUUCUCAGUUCAUUUUUUCUUACUGGGACUUUCUUGUUAAAUGCUUUCUUCUUUCUUGGAAAAGAAAGAGGGUUGCAACCAACGAAGACAUGAGCUUGGGCACUUUCAGAUGGAAUGUCGAUGGUUCUGCUUUGGGGAAGCCAGUAAUUUCAGGCAUUGGAGGUGUCCUCAAAGAUCACGAGGGGAGGUUCCUUUGCGUUUUUUUCUAUGCCCACUGGCAUUAAGUAAUCCAAUGAGGUUGAAGUGCUGGCAAUCAAGAGGGCUAUGGAGAUUAGUACUACUCUAUCUCUUGCAAAUAAGAUUCACCGAGUUUUCGAAUCCCAUUCCAUGAAUGCAACUCAACGAGUGAGGGGAAAAGCAGAGGGCAGGCCGUGGAGACUACACAAUGUUUUCUAUCUUUCGUAGUAAACUUCUAUAAGCUUUAGCCGUGUAAAUAUAGAGGAGAAUGCAGUGGCUGAUUCUGUUGCUAAGCAGAGCCUAAGUAGACAAGAUGAACUUCUUGCUUGGAUGUUCGCUAAUCAAGUUGGUGUAUUUUUCAAGACACCAAGACCGACCAACUAAUGAUAAGAGGAAGAAGACAGGGAAGGAGAGAUUUGGAAUUUCCAAUGGUAAUAGGAGAAGCUACCCCAUUCUUGGAGGGAGACUUCAUUUUGUCAAGUUUGAGACAAGCAAGAUCAAUGAAUGCUUAGAUUUUAUUUCUUCCAAGCAGCUUCACUGUGGUGGCAUGGAUUCACAUAGUUGGCAUUCUGAGACCUCACCCAAUGGCAAUGCUGUAAUUAAGGCCACUGGCGGCGGGGCAUACAAGUUUGCAGACCUCUUCAAGGAAAGGCUUGGGGUUAGUCUUGACAAGGAAGAUGAGAUGGAUUGUCUUGUGGCAGGAGCCAACUUUUUGCUUAAGGCUAUUCGCCAUGAAGCUUUCACACACAUGGAGGGCCAGAAAGAGUUUGUGCAGAUUGAUCAGAAUGAUCUGUUCCCUUAUCUUCUUGUUAACAUUGGAUCUGGUGUUAGCAUGAUCAAGGUUGAUGGGGAUGGAAAGUUUGAACGAGUCAGUGGCACAAAUGUUGGUGGUGGUACUUACUGGGGCUUGGGAAGGCUGUUAACCAAGUGCAAGAGUUUCGAUGAGUUGCUAGAGCUGAGUCAAAGGGGUGAUAAUAGAACAAUUGAUAUGCUGGUUGGUGAUAUUUAUGGUGGUAUGGAUUAUAAUAAGAUUGGUCUCUCAGCAUCAACCAUUGCUUCUAGUUUUGGCAAGACUAUAUCUGAAAAGAAGGAACUCGCAGACUACAGACCUGAAGAUAUUUCCCUGUCCCUCUUGCGAAUGAUUUCAUAUAACAUUGGGCAGAUUUCAUACCUGAAUGCACUUCGAUUUGGGCUUAAACGAAUCUUCUUUGGAGGGUUUUUUAUUAGGGGUCAUGCAUAUACAAUGGAUACAAUUUCCUUUGCUGUUCAUUUCUGGUCGAAAGGAGAGGCACAAGCAAUGUUUUUGCGGCAUGAAGGGUUUCUGGGAGCUUUAGGUGCAUUUAUGAGCUAUGAAAAGCAUGGUCUUGAUGACUUGAUGGUCCAUCAGUUAGUUGAAAGGUUCCCUAUGGGUGCACCAUAUACUGGAGGAAAGAUUCAUGGCCCACCACUCGGGGAUUUGAAUGAGAAGAUUUCAUGGAUGGAAAAGUUUGUGCAGAAGGGAACUGAGAUUACUGCACCUGUACCAAUGGAUCCACCUGGAACCACAGGGCUUGGUGGGUUUGAAGUUCCUUCAUCCAAAGGUGGUACUCUACGUUCUGAUGCCAGUGCAUUAAACGUUGGUGUUCUACAUCUUGUACCCACACUGGAGGUGUUUCCACAGUUGGCAGACCCAAAAAUGUACGAGCCUAACACUAUCGACCUCUCAGAUCACAAUGAAUUAGAGUAUUGGUUCACUGUGCUGUCCGAGCAUUUGUCAGAUCUUGUUGAUAAGGCAGUGGCUAGUGAAGGUGGAACAGAUGAUGCUAAAAGAAGAGGUGAUGCUUUUGCUCGUGCAUUUUCUGCUCACUUGGCAAGAUUAAUGGAGGAGCCUGCAGCAUAUGGGAAGUUAGGAUUGGCCAAUCUUUUGGAACUAAGGGAAGAGUGCUUGAGAGAAUUCCAAUUUGUUGACGCCUACAGAAGCAUAAAACAAAGGGAAAAUGAGGCAUCACUUGCUGUGUUACCUGACCUGUUGGCAGAGCUUGAUAGCAUGACAGAGGAGACAAGAUUGCUUACAUUAAUUGAAGGUGUUCUAGCUGCAAACAUAUUUGACUGGGGAUCUCGUGCUUGUGUGGAACUCUAUCAUAAAGGAACAAUUAUAGAAAUCUAUAGAAUGAGUCGCAAUAAAAUGCAAAGACCUUGGCGGGUGGAUGACUUUGAUGUCUUCAAAGAAAGAAUGUUGGGGUCUGGAGAUAAGAAGCCUCGCCCCCAUAAGCGAGCUUUACUUUUUGUGGACAACUCAGGUGCUGAUGUUGUUUUAGGGAUGCUUCCCCUAGCACGGGAGCUCCUCCAACGUGGAACUGAGGUCGUUUUGGUUGCGAACUCCCUUCCUGCACUAAAUGAUGUAACUGCUAUGGAGCUUCCUGACAUUGUAGCUGAGGCUGCAAAGCAUUGUGACAUUCUUCGCAGAGCUGCUGAAGCAGGUGGCCUACUUGUUGAUGCAAUGAUAAACACUUCAGAUGGUUCUAAAGAGAAUUCCUCCUCGGUCUCCUUGAUGGUUGUUGAGAAUGGGUGUGGGAGUCCAUGCAUAGAUUUGAGGCAGGUCAGCUCUGAGCUCGCUGCUGCUGCAAAGGAUGCUGAUUUGAUUAUAUUGGAAGGCAUGGGUAGAGCUCUUCACACCAAUUUCAAUGCUCGGUUUAAAUGUGAAGCUUUGAAGCUUGCAAUGGUGAAGAAUCAGAGGCUUGCAGAAAAAUUGAUCAAAGGAAACAUAUAUGACUGUGUGUGCAGAUACGAACCAGCCAGUUGAAGUCUUCUCAAGUUCUUUUCAAUCAGGAUGUUAUCAUUCUGUAACUGAAGAAACAAAAAAGGCAAUCUCCUCAUAAGUUAACCCAUGGAGAGGUUGUCACGAGUCCAACUUUAUUAUGUAGGAAAUGGGGUAGUAAAAAAAUGGAAAUAAACAGAAGGGAGAUGAAGGGAUAGGCCUAUACAUCUGAUUCUCCAUCCUGUCUUGAUUAGUCAAUUUUGAUAGCAAAAAACCAUCCAAGUCGUGAUUUCUAGUUAUAUCACCACGAUUCUCGAAUUA